GGGAGGCAAAACCCAAGAUAUUACGGGCUGGGGGCGAUAUUUGGCUGGUGGAAGGCGAGAUUCUGGGGGACUCUUAGCAGCAGGAGUAUGCGGAAAAGCAUAAAACUAGAGAAAGAGAACCAGAGGCGGUCGACGUCGUCCAAAGAGGACAGACACCAGUUAAUCUUCCUUUGGCGACAGCGUGACCGACACCAGCCAAGUUGUCCUCGGCUGAAGCAACCAGCAUGUUUCCAGCGUUACCAGCGUUUAAUUAAAAGUUACCAUACCCAGGCAGUACUUUCUUUUCUGUACGGGCCAGGAAUGAUCCCUACCACUACUACUAACAUUGCUGCUAACUACGACUAGAUUCUCUCUAAUUAUAGGUAAGCACCAGGAGAGAACUCCUAUUGACUAACCGAGUUAGUGAUCUAGUUUUCCCCCGAGAGCUGCUGAUACAAUAUGCUGAUGAAAUUGGGUAAUUGAGUCUCUGUUUGUUCCCCUUUGUAUAAUCACCUCUACUACUACUUACUAAGUACUUGCUCAGCCUGGCUUGCUUCACAUGGGGAAACGGGUGCAUUACACGUACCGUACGUAUAAAUGGAGGAUUAGAUAACCACAGUCGGUUUAAUUAAAUGGUUACUGGUUACGGGUUACUUCUUCAAACACUGC